AUGGCUAGAACCAGACGUCAAGCUCGUCGUCGUUGGAGACCUCAACGAUAUGCUUCAAGUGAUGAUGAAGCACAGGACUCCUUCAGAGCCGAAGAAGAAGUCCAAGAGAACGACUCCGAUCUUGGAGAACGAGGAGACGCCGAUGAAGACCAGGAUCCACAAGAUGAUCCUGAUGAUGGUGAUGAUCCUGACGAGAAUGAGGAUCCAGAUGACAGCGGAGAUGAUGAUAGCAACGAAGAAGAUACUGAUGACGAGAAGGAGGAAACCGAUGGUGAAGCACCUGGAUCUCUAACACCAGGAUUGGCUAGUAUGGGUAGGAUCCUUCGCUAUGAAAAGAAGUCAGAUAAGAGCAUCUUCAACAAGGCAACAUCAAAGCUUGACGACGAAGGCUUCGACUGUACUUCAGACCAAUUCCUUCAAAUCAUGAAGGCUUUGGAACAUCGAGGAAAUAACUUUGGAUGGAACGACACUGGUGGGCUCUUCUGGGUACUAACACCAGGAAGACAACCUGUCAACUUGCUACAUAGCUAUGGGUCAGUUUCAUUGCCACGAAUCCAACGUUAUGAGCGCACCUAUUGGGACAGUGGAAACCGCAAGAGUCAAGAUGACAGAAUGCUCUAUGAAUGCAUCAUGAAUUCGCUUACUCGCGAUGCAAAAUCUAAGCUCAACAUUCACUGGGAAGACUUUCAACUUGGACCGAACAAGCUUCCUUCCGGUCUAUGCUUGCUCAAAACAUUUAUCCGUGAGGCAUACUUGGAUUCAAACGCGACUACUGGUAUGAUUCGUGAGCAGCUUUCAACGCUGGAUGCAUUUAUCCCAACUGUGGACCAUGACAUCAAUCGGUUCAAUAAUCAUGUCAAGAUGCUGUUGAUGGCACUUCAUGCGCGUGGUGAGAAGACUUUGGAUCUUUUGACCUAUCUGUUCAGGGCCUACAAUGCUUGCAAAGACGAGAACUUUGUCAAGUACAUUGGCGAUCUUCAAACCGAUCAUGAUAUGGGAACGAAAGCGAUCGAUUCCCGUACACUUAUGAGUCUCGCUGAGAAGAAGUACCGCAUCAUGGUGACGACGAAGACAUGGGAAGCACCUUCAGCUGCCCAAGAGGAAAUACUCGCUAUGCAAACGCGCCUGAACAAGCUCUCGGAUAAGCUAGCAGCCAAGACAAAGGAUGGAAAGCAACGCAAGAGAAAAGAACUUGGUGCUGAUAAUGGUUCACCCAAGAAAAAGGUGAAGUUCGAAAAAGGAAAAGGAAAGAAACAAAUGAAGGAAAAACCUGACUGGAUGUCCAAGCCACCUCCCAAAACCGAACUAAACAAGCCUCGAUCUUGGAACAACAAACAAUGGCAUUAUUGUUGCAAGGAGACAGGUGGAAACUGUGGUGGUGUCUGGCGUGUCCAUCUCCCAAAGAAUUGCAAGUCCAAACCAAAACACGAUGAUGAAAAGGAACCAACCAUUGUUGCCAAAGAGGCUAUUGACGAUUUGGUUGGUGGAUACUACUCUGAAUGA